AUGGCCCAUGAGCCUGGAGACGAUGGUUUCGUUACCGUGUACAAUAGAAAGACCGCGAGCCGCGAGCCGCCGCUCGACGACGACACCGGCCUGCAGCUGCAGAUAUUCAAGAUCAUUGUGAUCGGAGACUCGAACGUGGGCAAGACGUGUCUCACGUACAGAUUCUGUGGCGGCAAAUUUCUGAAGAAUCCCGAAGCGACGAUUGGAGUGGAUUUCAGGGAAAGGAGCGUGGUCAUAGAUGGAGAAACUGUCAAGUUGCAGAUAUGGGACACGGCGGGGCAGGAGCGCUUCCGGAAAAGCAUGGUGGAGCACUACUACCGAAACGUGCACGCCGUCAUCUUUGUGUACGAUGUGACCAAGCUGUCGACCCUUGAGAGCAUGCCCGAGUGGAUCGAGGAGUGCGCCCGCCAGUGCGUCCCCCCCGCCGUCCCGCGCAUUCUGGUGGGCAAUAAGUGCGACCUGCAGGCCAGGCGGGAGGUGCCCACCUCGCUGGCCCAGCGCAUGGCAGACAGCUACAACUUCCCGCUCUUCGAGACGUCCGCCAAGGACCCCGGUGAGAAGGAACACGUGGACGCCAUCUUCCUCACGCUGGCCUACCGGCUGAAGAACCACAAGCCUUUGCGGCUGAAGCAGCCCAGCGAGGGCAGCACGGUGCACCUCGCGGACGAGCAGGAGCGUUCACCGAAUCACUGCACGUGCUGACCCCCC